GUGCUAGAGCUUCGCUUCAGUUUCCACAUCACCCACUUCCCAAUGGUUCGAACCUGAAAAUUUUCCCGAGAAAAUCGAGCAAGAAAAAUGGCGCUCGCUCACUCCCUCACUCCACUCGCCAGAACCCCAAAGCUCCUUCCGUCCCUCCUACUCUUCGCACCUCGCGCCACUUCACUCAAAUCCCGCUUCGUUCACGCCCCCAUUUCCAAAUCGUCCUUCUUCUCUCUCUCCCUCUCCGCCCAAAAUCCUAAACCCUUCUUCAGACCCCACCGGAACCCCCCAAUACGAUGCCUCUUCACCGGAAUCGUCGAAGAAAUGGGCCAGGUCAAGCAGUUAGGCGAAGUCGACGACGGAUUCGUCAUGAAAAUCGGCGCAAAGACCGUCCUUGAGGGCGUCAGCCUCGGCGACAGUAUCGCCAUCAAUGGGACGUGCCUCACGGUCACCGAGUUCGACGCGGCGGAGUUCACAGUCGGGCUUUCGCCCGAGACGCUGCGGAAGACGUCCCUGAUCGAGCUCGAGGCGGGCUCGAUGGUGAACCUGGAGCGGGCGGUGCAGCCGACGAGCCGGAUGGGCGGGCACUUCGUGCAAGGCCACGUGGACGGGACCGGGGAGAUCGUGUCAAUGGAACCGGAGGGCGACUCGCUGUGGGUGAAGGUGAGGACGAAGAAGGAGCUGUUGAGGUAUGUGGUGCCCAAGGGGUUCAUCGCCAUCGACGGGACGAGCUUGACGGUAGUGGACGUGUUUGAUGAGGAGGAUUGCUUCAAUUUCAUGCUGGUGGCGUAUACGCAGCAGAAGGUGGUUAUUCCUAUGAAGAGAGUUGGGCAGAAGGUGAAUUUGGAGGUGGACAUAUUAGGGAAGUAUGUGGAGAGGCUCCUCAGUAGUGGGUUCGUGGAUUCCAUGAAGUCUUCUUGAUGAUGAAGGGAGGACACUAGAUGGCUGCUACUGAAAAGUCUGUUUCUCUGAUGUUGGUGUUGCUGUGGAACUGGGCUUGGAGUUUUUUCUACUGUGAAAUAAAUGAUUUCCAGGCUUGACAUGGAUUUGUUAGGCAGCAACAUGCUGCCUCAAUCCUUAUCGUUCCAAGUGCUCGUGCCUCAUUCUCCACAAGAUUUCAAAUCAAGUUGUUGUACCCUUUGCUGAAUUCAGUCUCUGGGUAGCGUUUGUCCCUCGGGUAAACAAGAAUUGGCCUGGUGGUGACAUUUCUGUAUGAGAUGUACCUUUUAAAACGGUCAAAAUUGUUCUAAUGACCUUGAAAUAACCAAGAAUAAAUUAACAGGCCCCCGCAGUGCCCACUUAAUAUUUCUCUUCAACCUAAACAUUUUCU